UCUUCUUCCUUUUCUUCGCUUCAUCCCCAAAGAAAACAACCACUUAUUCUUCCCUCCUUUUCUUUGCUUCAUCCCCAAGAAACAACCGCUUCUUCCUCCUUCUUUCGAUUAAGUUUCACUAUGGCUGCUGCUGCUGAUGAUUAUUUAGAGAUCAAAGACGAGCUGAUGGGAGCAGGAGACGAGCUGAUGCUCUUACGUUAUCUGAAGCCGAUGAUCGACGACGGAGCAUCCUGGCCUCAACACUUCGCCGAAGACGCAGACGUGUUCAACAAGAAUCCAAGCAAGGAAUUCAAUCCUGAGAACACAGUCUUCGUGAUCGUUAAUCCUCGAACAGAGGCAUGUGGUAAAACCGAUGGAUGUGACUAUGGUAGCUGGAGGAUCAUGGCACGUGACAAACUGAUCAAGAACGAGGAGACCGGGAAGCUUCUAGGGUUCAAGAAGAUUCUCAAGUUCUGCGUAAAGAAGACGAAGAGAGCCAGAGAGUACAAGAGAAGCUGGGUUAUGGAAGAGUACAGGCUUCUGAAACCUAAUCAAGAUCACGUGAUUUGCAAGAUUCGUCUUUUGUUCCAAACCGAAAUAGGUUUCUUGCUAUCCAAGCAUUUCUCGUAUUCGUCUGGUCCGCUUCCUGCAACACAGUCAUUGCCAGCUUAUGGAUACGGUUUGCCUAACCCAGAAGACGAGGGUGCAUAUUAUCUUCGGAGCUUGAUCGGUCAUGAAAACGAAUGGCCUAGCUACGUUACCAACGACGUGUUCUGCAUGCAUCCAUCGGCGCUUGUGGAUCCUCAUCGAGAUCAGAUGUUUGCAGAAUCCGGAAUCUGCAUCUUCGCUAACCGGACAGAGGCUUCUGGUUAUACCGAUGGGUGUGAUAGAGGUUGCUGGAGGAUCAUGCAGGGUGAUAAACCCAUCGCUUCGAUCAUGGAGGGUGAGACUUUUGGUUACAGGAGGGUUUUCAAGUUCUGCGAAGAGGAUAAAUACAGACACUUUUGUAAUGUCAACGGAGAUGCUGUGUUGCUGACUUGGAUAAUGGAAGAGUAUAGGCUGGCCGACGAGGAGAUGAAGGAUAAAGUGUUGUGCGUUGUCAAGCUUCUUCGGAGGUAAAUAGCCAUUGAUCAUUGAUCAUUGAUCAUUGAUUCAGGAGUCUGUGUGUGUGUGUGUGUUUUUUCUCCCUCUGUAUUCUAACUAUGAUAUAGUUUC